CGCUAGUACUCGCGCACGCAAAUCCCUCGGCCGCCGGGGAUGUGCGUUGAUCGCGCCAUCGCGUCGACUCCGAUCGUACUACAGAAACAUUUUCGCAAGUGGCUUCGUUGCCGCAUAAAUGGCCACUAGGACUUUCCCGUAGGAGUCAAUGGCUCUCGAGUGUCAAGAGAACCGGCGCUUUGAUACCGAGUGCGGUCUAACGACCGGGAUACAUCGUGCGCAUCCGAAAUUUCGUCGAUCGUUGCCGAGUACACGGCCGCAACGGUACUAAUUCGCGUUCAAUCAACCGGAAGGAAACGCCGAUCGGGGGAACGAAUUUCACGGGUUAUUCGUUUCGAACGACGGAAGCAUCCAAGCCGCGGAGCGAUUUUUGUGGAACGUUCCAAUCGAGUAUAUUUGUUUCGCGCACGCCGAAUGGUUGAUUAGCCGCCGCGAAAAGUGAAAGCGCGCAGAAGUUAUCGACGAUGGAGACGGGAGCCGAGCGGAAUCCUCGGAAACGUGUCCGUGAAAUGGAACUUGAUCCGGUCGAGUCGAUCUGCACGAACGUUUUGAUAACUGUUGUUAGAUAAUGUGAAUUAUCGAGCAGAGGGUAUAACUCUAUUGAAGUCAUUUCGAAGAAACCUUCGACGCAAAAUUAGCUUACCAAGUGAAUCGGCUUUGCUUCGGGUUUACAAAGAAUAACAGACGAAGCGAAUGGAUGGAAAUAAAACGUCCCGCUUCUUUUUUUUCAACGAAAUGUACCGCUGAUCUUGUUCUCGCGACGCAGAGUGAUGAAUUCUUGAGUCCAGCAGACAUGGAAAUACCGAGGAGAUCUUUCGACGCAAAUCAUCUUAACCCGAGGAAGGAAGCAAAAGAUUUUUAAGGAGAAUUGAAUCGAUGAAGAAAUUUCUAGCGACAGGUUUUGUAAUUACAAGAGAAACACUUUAUCGAAGUCACUUCCGUGAAAAUACGUAAGGAAGGAGAAGGAUGAUGCUCGAGGGAAAAGUUGAAUCUAAGAAAACGAAAAUUAUCGGAGAAGGGUGGAAGAUUGCCUAAAGAGUAAGGGUGUCUACGAAGAAGCGUCAGCGAAACGAUGUUUCCGAAGGAUAAAUGAAAAAAGCGAAUCCGAAGCUGUUAUAGUCAGCUUUAUGCUGUCCAGAUUUAUCCGCGAGCUAGCAGUGGAUAAUAUCGCGGCAGGGAGAGACGAGAAAACCGGCGGUUUGAACUGUAACGCGACGGUUUUGUGACCGUUCGGUUCGCGGGCGUUGCGAGUGGCCCGCGACUUUCAUCGCGACAAAGAGGUCACCAUCGAUGGUGGUGAACGUAAUGUUCUAACUAGAGGUGAAGAGAUGACGGUGACUCCGUCUACUUCCGAUGUCGCUGACAAGGCAGUCUCGACGGAUGAUGGUGGCAGCGGAAUGGAGGUGGCACGUCUCGAAGCCGUCCUUGCUGCUCUGGUGGAAACAAAGGUGGAGGCAAUCAAAGCCUCUUCAACUUUAAGCAAACGUUCCGGUAGUGCGCCAGCUAGUCCACGUCGGCUUAGACUAACUUCCACCUCGACCGCAUCCUCCUCGCUGAACCACCAUCACCACCACCAUCACCAUCAUCACCAUCAGUACCGACGGAAGAGCCAUCACCAUCAUCACCAUCAUCAUCACCAGCAGCAUCAUCAUCAUCACCACCACCGCAAGAGGUACGAUUCAGCGCCCUGCGACGAAUUCAUUGAAGACGAGCACCAUCAACGUAGUUCACAUCAUGGUAAAGCAAGACGAAGAGCGUCAGAAAGUCCACGACGUCCGAGAAAGAAGCGCAAACAUUCGAGAGACGUUCAAACUGGUCUUAAUUCACGGUUUGAGCUCUUCGGAGUAGACGGCGAUCAAAAUCUCGCAUUGAUCAAUUUCGAAAGGACUCGAGAGACUUUCAGCGAUUCCUGCGAAUAUCCGCAGUUGCACCGAAGUGCCUGCUGCUUAUCCGAAAGUACAGCUCAAUUAAAGAUCCACUACAACGAUGAAAACUACGUGGCGUUGAACGUAGCGGACAAGUUAGAAGAAGAAAGAAUUUUGAGCGGCAUCGAGAAAAACGGGAAGGCUCGGGGGAAGUACCAUCAUCCACGGAAGAAGCGAAAACGGAAACGGCGUAAGAUUAACACUACAGUUCCCCGAGAAGAAUUCGUCGACCCCGAAGAACUUCCCCCGCGCGCACGUUGGACGAUCGUCGCGACCGCUUGCCUCCUUCUUGCCAUGUCCUUGCUAUUGGUUGGCGUCACGUUGAGGAUGGCACCAAUUAUAGACGACAUGGUGCGCAAGGAAAACGAGGAACUGUUGAAUUCUCUCAACAGAGACUUCUCAUCCGAGAACACAACGGUACCUUCAUAAGGAAGGCGUCCCGAGGCAAAAAAAUAGCAUCUUUUGCAUUUAGAUGAAAGUUUAUCCGAAGAAGGAAGAAGAAAGGAGGUGAAGUCGGAGAAGAAUGACAAACAGAAAAGGAUCACGACGAGGACAACUUCGUUCCGGAGUGUCGGAACUGACGAUCGUUUUGCAAAAGCGGCGUCGAAGUACGGCAGUAGUUGCGUUUCAGACAUUUUAGAUACAACCACGGAGAUAGCAAGUUUAAUUUGUUCGUGUUAGUGCUACGUACACGGUCAAUUUGUCGCUUCCGCCAUUACACAAACUUCUAAUUAGAGUCUGCAACAAGAUAGAAUCAGUACUGCGACAUUUUUUAAUCCCCAAUAUUCACGAAAAACGUGUAAGUUCAUUUUCUUCAUUGGAUCAGUUCGAGGAACAUGUUCGCAAGGAAAAGGGGAACGUUAAAAGAAUAAAAGUUGCACGUGUAAAGUUACACGCGACAAUUACACGUCGCUUCGAGUCAGCUCGUUGUCGAUGUUACAGCAACGAGGCAAAGAUUAUAUGAAAUUUGUUACGACGAUGUAGUAGGAAAUAAUAUUAUAUUGUAUCGUGUACUGAGUUGAUACGCGAUUAGGUACGCAAUUGAAUUUUUUCACAGAACGUACUCCACGAGUCAACCGAAAGGAGAUAUCCGAAAAGGUGCGCGUGGAAUUCUACGCGAAUACUUGUUGGAAGGAAGAUCGAAAUGUUGAUAUUUUUGCAAUAAAGUGAUUCCGAUUUCAUUCCACGGGAAUACAAAUAAUCGUUACGAAAAUUAUUCCAUUGACGUGCUUGAGCUACUGGAAAAGACAAUUUCAAGCAAAAGUAGUGUAUCGAGGUUUAUCAAAUUUUUCUAAUUAGACCCGAAAAUCAGGUAAAAAUAUAUUUUCACUCUCAAUGCCAAUGUUAUUGAUCAUUUGAUUAAAGUUUUGACUGUGACAACUGGUACGCAUAACGCGGAUAUAAUUUAUUUCACGGAAGUCUUCCAGUUUAAGAGACAAUUCAUGUGAACGAUUGUUGCUAACGGAAUACAUUAUUUUGUUAUUUUUUUUUUAUUUGUAAGGAGAUGUUUAUAUGAUUUCAGUUAUUGUUACACGACCACACAUGGAACCUGUAAACGAACUAUGUAUUUAGCAUCGAGCAUUGACCGUUAGAGAAAUAGUCAUUAUAAUUGCUGUUGUUGGUUGUUUGUAAAAUAUAAAGUGUCAGAAGUUGAAUGAAGAGGCGUCGGUUGUAAAGUUAUGUUAUUCUAGUGUCGAACUAGAGAGACGCGCAUAUACAUACACAUAUGUAAGAUUUUGUACAUUAAGAUGAGUAGCAUCGCGAUUGAAACAUUUUCUUCGGUUAUAUAGUAUGUUUCAAAAAUAUACCAACCCACUGAAUAUUGAAUAUUAUAGAAUUCUAAUGAGAAAUUUUACUACAAUUUUAUUUUUUUGGAAUUCUUGUAGGAGAUAAGUAAAUUUGUGUAAUUAGUUGCAAUAGUUUAACGAGAACAAAGUUGAAAGAAUAAUAUAUGAAUAGUGUUUCAUAAGUAUAUCAAUUUAUAAUCAUACUUGAAUUAUUCUAUCAUUUUAAAGGGUUCCACAAUUCCGAAUGAUCUGCGAAAUUCUUUUCUGCUUGUAAUAAGAAAAUUUAGUAUAUUUUCAUGCGUACGAUCCCACGUUCAAAUACUUAAUAAGAUUCAGAUCUGAAGAAUGUACGAUCAGCCUAAUGGUUAUACUAUUUCUUUACAAAUUACUGACAGUUUUGUAUUAUUUUACCUAAAUAUGAUAUUUUCUCAGAAAUUUCAGUUAAAAAAAAAUAACAAAUAAAGUUUAGGAAUAUAUGUACAAUAAAUGUAUUUUUAUUUUUCGUUAUUUGAGAAACAAGUUGAAAUUAUUACCAAACCUUUGUCAAAAAUUUUCGAAAAAAAACAAUUUUCUGCUUAUUUCAAUCUAUACUAAUUAUAAUCAACUCGUUUAUUUAUUAUUCAAUGUGUUGUCGGGAUCUUUAAUUGUAAAUAAAAAUCGUUUCAAUUUUUAUAUUUACUUCCAAUAUAAAGUGUUAAUGAAAUAAAUAAUACUUAUUUACUAAUACUCAAUGGUACACGAAAAAUGUACAAUAUUAAUACGUUUCCCACAUACAGUGUGUUAAUUAAGUAAGUCAUAUAUUAAUAAGAUCUAAAAUCUUAUUUUCUUUAUGAAAAUGAAAAAUGUGUUAAAUGCAGAAGUAAAAAGAUUUGUGACGUACAAAUAAAACAGUUUUUUACAUUUUAGUGUGACAUACUUAUAUAGUUCUCCCUACAAAUUUAUCUGCUUCAGUGCCAGCAACAAUUUCGAUCGUUUAUAAAUGGUACCUUUUCAACUAUUUGUUUUACGCCUUACUUUAACAGUGCUUGUAAACUUUACUGGAUUAGAGAUUAUUCAUAUCAAUUUAUGUUCCUUCUUUGUUCAUCCUGCAUGCUUUUUUUUCAUUAUAUUAUUAUUCUUUUUUAUGAUAUUUGAUAAUAACACCUCUCGACCGAUGAAAUUUCUUCGCGUGUACCCUUAGAUUCCACUUUCCACGUGGAAUAUUUCGAUCACAAUUUUCUCUCCUUCAUAUCAUUGUUCUGCACCUGACACUUUUAUAUUAACCCUUUGACUGCAGUUGCUCUACUGAAGAACCAUUAACGUUGUGCUGAAACGUAUCGUUAUAUUCCUUCGUAGAGAUUGAUUACAUUGUUAAAAAUAAAAAGAUCUUGAGACGGUAGUUUGAUGAAUUGCAACAUGUAAGAAUAUAUCACUGUCAUAAAUAUUUUGGAAUAUUACGCUUUUUAUAUACGUUAAUAAACGUAACAAAAUAAUGAAAUAAACCUAUUCUGAUAUUAAAAGUUUAACAAGAAUGAUCGAACUUGGUACACUUAUGAAUCACUUGAAAAUCAAAUUCUCAAAGUCGUUCAAACGAAGGUAAAAUUGAAACGUAAGAAAUUAUAGCUUCCUCCAGCUGGAAUAUUUAGUAUACAAUGUAUAAUAUGUACAAUGACUUUUGAUUGGUCAAAGCAUUUAAAUGUUAGGGAAUUGGUAUAUUUUUAAAAUGUACUGUACUGUAGUAUGUAUCUUCCAACAACUAAAUUAAUACGGAAACAAUAGUGUUCUUUUUAAUUAGAGUUUAUUUUAAUUUCGAUAAAAUAGAAUUUUGUUUUACUAUGAAAUGUAAUUAAUCCUUUGAUCAUCCUUUCUGCCCCAUAGGAGUAACAUUCAUAAAUAAAAGAGUCGACUUGUUUCAAGGAGUGUUGUUUCAUGUGCUGUUUGAAGAAUAUGGAGUAGGACUUCCAUUAUCUGACUAUAAUACUUCUUUCUACUAAACUGUGAAUCCUUAUUUGUAUGAGAGACGAAUGAAUGUUUCAUUAUUUUGAAACGUACAUAUGUGUCCUCAAGAAAAAUGCUCGGAUGAUUUGUAGCAUGAAUUAAUAUACAUGUAUUUAUAACUUGUAUCCUAGAAGGAAAGAUUUUGUUUCAAUUGGCCUAAGAUAUUUAAAUAUUUUUAAAUCCUGACAUGAUGCUCCAAAUGUUUUAUUGCUUUCUCGGUAUUAUAUAUAAUUCGGUCGGCGAACGUUCUAUGUUAUAUUUAGUCAUAAACCACCCCAAAUUACUCAAAAUUUCUUAUUACAAUGACUGGGCUGCCGAUUUUUAUGCAAUCAUAAGUUUUUCUGAAUUAGUUUACAAAGUUAGUAUUAAAUGGAUAUUAAAGUGUUUUUAAAUUUUAAUAAAAUCGUUUAUUUUGUUGUGUUUUAAACAUUGUAAAUAUUGUGAAUGCAUAAAGUCCACAGUCGCUUAUUAAAUUGAUUUAUUAAUCAGUCAAUUAGUAAUAAUUACUAGUUUCUUAAUAUUUAAACUGAACAUUAUAAUGUUGUAAUUAAAAUACUCCUUCAAUGUUAUAAUCAUUUUUUUUCCGUAGUUCAUAUUAGUUUUAAAGUUUCAAAAUAAUCAUUAUGAAAUAUGUACCAUAAACUAUAAAUACAAAACCCAAUUAUUAUUUAUAGUGUUUACCUUUGCGUUCAACGCUUGCCUACAAUUAAUCAGUCAAAUUAAUUUAUUUUGGCUAAUUGAAUCUGGCUUGACCAACUAAAUCGAAAAUAUAGUAUAUUUUCUAUACCUGUAAGAACAUAUGUACGCACACGAUAAUUGAAAUUACCGUUCGAUAAGCAAUUUUCAUGAUUUCUUUAACACUGUAGCAUACACUUGUAUUAUGUCAACAAAAAUUUAUUUGAUUGCAGAUGUAUUUCUCAUUUAAAAAACGCCACUAAGUAAUUGAAAAACAACAAUAGAAGAUUAUUCGAAAUUUGUAUUUUUAGUAGCUGGAAUAUAAUACAUUAGUUUUCCAAUACUAUGUUAUAAAACUUUAAGUAGUAAGUUCUUAACAUAAUGUGUUUGGUAUGAAAAUAUUAAUUGAAAAUUACUUGGAUAUUUUCUAAAAACUAUUCAGAAUACUGCACGACUAUUUGUUUUUGAACAAAGAUUCGUCGAUUCUAAUUGUUUUCAUAAAAGUCCAUUUGUUAAAAAAAUAUAUGUAUUUUAAUUCUUUACGUCAUACUUUUGCCAUGCAAACGGAUCUUUUUGAAGACUAUUCUGACCGAUGAAUCUAAAAGCACAUGGUUCUGCAACUUCACUUUUUUUAUCCAGCUGCAAUAGGUCUUAAGAUCUUCAAUCAAAUAAGUUUUUCCGCUACGUAAUUUAAAAGACGCUUUUGGCCCUUCGUUAUGGACGAUACGUGUCUAAUAAUUUUCAGUGCUCUACCUCUGUGCGAAGUUGCGAUUGUAAGUCGAUGGUUGUUACUUAUUAGUGACGGUCCCUUGUAAGUAGUUUUAGCAUGAGUGAAUAAUUUUCGACAGACGAAACGAUUGAACAAUUAUUGUAUCGUUGAAUGAAAGGAAAUCGUUGGAGAAUGCUUGACCUAAAACAAUAAAAUAACUUUUGCCUUAGGUUGAUAAAAAUCUAUCUUUUUUAGAAUUAAUAUACUUAAUAAUAAAGAUUAAAGGUUCGCUCAAUUCCAAAAUGUUAAAGUAUUCAUCAUUAUUUCGGAAUACGUAAGAAUGAUUCGUUUUGCUUGUAUACAGAGCAAAUCAAAUAAUUUCUUUGUAAUAAACUAUUCAUUGAUGAGAAUUCAAACGAUAUUAAUAAAGAGGAUAAUGUUAUAAUACGUAUGCAAUUUAAUGUAUAAGAUGAACGAGGUAAAGGUAUUAUAAGAAAAUAUGAGCGAAUAAUAAUGAAUAAUAUUUGUUAGAGUAAAAUUGCUAUAAACUUUGUAAUAUUCGAAGAAAUUCUGAACACGCAUCACUCGGCGUUAAUAAUGUAUAAUUUAUCAGUAUUAGUCAUGGUACGUAGUCAUCGCAGUAUGAUGAAUAAAUCAUUUUAUCCAUCGACGCUCAACCAAUUUCUAUCUCGUCAAUUCUUGUCUUUUGCGCCGAAUUAUCGAUUACGCUGAUACUCUAUUCCUCUUAUUACUCUGAAGAUGGCCGUCCUUUAGAGAUAUUACCUUUCGUUUCAUACAAUUGAAGAAAACGAAACCAUAACCUUCUGUCGCGAGGUUUUUUCAAACUAAAGAAAGUUCUUAACACGUUCACGCCGGUGUGAUUGAACUCCUUUCAAUGAAACUAUUAACAAUUCCAAUAUUAUUAUGUAUUAUACAUAGUUUCUUAAGAAAAAAUUGCUUUCCCUUUGUUUUGACGAUAUCACAUUAGACGGCCUGUACUAUUGAUGGCUCACAUUUCCAUGACACAUCAGCGUGUACCAUCAAAUAUGGAGUUCGUUAAACUGGUUUGGUAAAUAGAAAAAAUUCAAUAUUUCCAAGAAUUCUAAGAAUUUCGCUGUCAGAUGGGAAAGAACGUAAAUUGCAACGCCGGCGUGAAGGUGUUAAUACGAUAAUCUGCGAAUCAAUCAGUUUUUAAGGAGUUUCUUCUUUCCUUGAAAAUAUAUACCUUAUUCACUUUUCACGUGAAAUUCAUAUUUCUAUUAGACACAAUCAAUAAAACAGAAACACGUAAAUGUUAUCUAAAAUCAUAUACUUUAAUAUUUGGUAAAAUAUUUUGGACACUGAUCAAAUUUUUAGUCGUUAAAAUUUAUGCGGAUUAGGAAAAUUUUAAUAAUUCAGAAAAUACUUGACCCCUUUAUGUUUACUGUUUUAGUUAAAUAUUUCAUUAUUUUCCUAUAUUGUUAUCAGAACAAAAAAAAAUAAAAAUGACGCUAACUACUAAGUCAACAAAGUGCUAAAGCAAUUUACCGGAUGUUUCGUGAACAAAACAAACUGUAAAUUAUAUGGGAGAUAACGAGAAAAAAAAUUAAGUAUCGAAGAAUGCGAAUUAUGUAGUAUUUCACCAUUAUAAAAAAGUGACAGAAGUCAUUGAGAAAUAGCUACAAUGGUGUACAGAAACAACAACAGUACAAUGCAGUAAUACAUUAUUAAACAAUACGCAGAGUGUCGUGGCGUGACAAAUAAAAUUAAAACAAAUUAAAAGAAAAUUAAAUUUGAUGUUGAACCAGAAAAAUAUUUUGAAUAAAGGACUUGGCGAUUCAAGUGUCAAAAGGUUACUGAAAAGAAACAAUAAUCGUUGACAAUAAGUCCGAAACAAAGCGCGUAUUAAUAAACAAAGUUAACGGAAGCAAAUCGGGAAAGGUGAAUUUCGUAACAUUUGAAAUUAGGAGAUUAGACCUUAAUUUCAUUGAUUUCGAAUUUGUUUUUAAAAUAUGGACCUUUAAAUUUCACACUAUCAGCUUGUUUUCAUAAAAACAUUCUGUACUUGUAAAUUUUUAUCCUGAAAACUAGUUAAUAAAGUUAAGUUUGUAAUAUUUAAAAGUUUAAAUAAAUUCUUCUUCUGUAAGUUUACUUUUAAAGUCGAAUGUAUUUAAAUUAAAAGAAAGGGACAACUAUGUUCUUUGAAAUUUGAUUUUCAAAUGAAUUCUCUUCAGGAUGAAGUCUUUAAAACGAACGUCGUAAUGAGUUGUUAGAGAUCCACUGCGCUCCAUUUCAGGUAAACGAACCGUGCGCUCCACUAUUAUGGCCGGUUGACCUCUAAUGCAAUCUAAAAACAAUAUCGACAGGUAUUGUUCCCCUCUCAAUGGUUUCAUUUACACCUGCAGAAAAUUGUUUUCAAUUUGCUUCUUAUGAAUGUAGAUACGGUUUACAUCCAGAUUACUGUGUACUGUAAAAUGAUGCUUUGAUUCAGAUUUUUUGCUUGAAAUCUUUAAAAUAUUAGUUUAAUGAACAUCUUGGUGAAACUCCGUUAAUUUUUAAGUCAUUUUCCUUCGUCAGUAUUAUUUUCAAAUAUUAAACAUUUAUGUGACGUUUGGUUUCUGCGACAUUUUGAUAUUGUUUUUGUUAUAAUAAUGUGAUCAAAUUUAUGUACGUAUAUUCUUUCGUUUAAUUCUUUCCAGUCCAAAUUGAAUGUUAUUUUUCUGUUAUUAAUUGUGAUACUUUUGAGUAAACGUGGACAUGGAAUAAGUGCAAGAUUUUCCUAUUUUUCUUCAUGAAUUAUGUACAAGAAAAUGUCUUUGUUAAGCGAAAUUGGGAAAGAAAUGAUAGGGUAAGGAGCUGAAGCAGCAAGUGUAGUAAAAAAUAAAGAAAUCAUUUCUAAUCUUUCAGCAAAGGGGUUCGUUGUAACAUUUAUCGAGAGAAAUUCAAUUAGAGAACAUUAUUGAACAAACUGAAACCUUAUCAGCUGAUUAUUUUAUAUCUAAUUGCGUAAUAGUAAUGAUAAUUCAGACAACAACGUGACAGCGCAUCAACAUCAAUGGAUCCUGCUGUUACGGUGAGUUUCAAAAAUGUUUUUGAAUUCAUUUUAUACGAACAUUCAAUUUAACAGAUGUGCACAGUAGUAGAAGUAGUGCUGCAGACAUUAGUUAAAUAGUAGUGUAAAAAUAAAAAAAGAAGAUUCAUUUUGAAUUGGCAUCUUGGAAUAAUGUUAACGUAAUUAUUAUAUGAAUUACUAUUAUUACCUUAAUGAUCUAUUAAUUUGGGUUACGGACGAGAGAAGAAACGUUAUUUCUCUUGUUCUUAAAAGAUGAACCUAGAGCAAAUCUUCAGAAACAGUUAAUAUUGGAUAAUCUUACAGAAAUACUUCUGUUGGUAUAAAUGAAACCAUUGAGACGGGUACGGUACCUGUCGAUAUUGAUUUUAGACCACACUGGAGGUAAUAUGGGGUACGAGUGGAAUAGACAGCCGACUUCAGCAGUGCAGAGCGUAGCUCGUUUAUCUGAAAUGGGGCACAUCAAAUCAUUAACAGCUCUUUACGACGUUAACUUUAAAGACUCUGUCCUAAUACAAGGCUUAUUUUGUACGUGAAAUUUCAAGAAAUCUAAUCAUAUUCUUUCAAACAAAUACAAAAUCAUCGAACUUUCACGGCAAAAUUUACAAAACAAUCAUUCGUCGAUAAUUUUCGAUAUCGGAAAACCAGUUGUUUAAAUUAAUGGAAAAAAUAUUAAAGUCGAACGUUCUAAAUUGAAAUGGGAAGAUAAUCAACUUAAUUCAACAAAUAUUUGUCUUUUUUAAACUGCAUAAUUAAAAAGGAUUUGUAAGCAAAGUAUUAAGUAAUUAAGGUGUACAGUUUUAAGCACCUAAAAUUAGACUGUGGAUGUUUCGGUAAAUUCCACGUCUUAAUGAUAAAAUUUCGAAGAUCGGUAUCGAAUAAAGUUUAUUUUGUAGCAUGUAAGAAAUAUAAAAAAUAUUCCCAGUCUCUUGAUAAUACCAUACAAUUUUUAAUUGCAUACGACUGUUAAUAUAAAUCAAUGAAUAGGAAAUUGUAUUUUUCAUUCUUAUAAUGAAAUUGAAAAUUCGCAUUUCUUAAUACGGUCUCUGAAUGUAAACUUUCUCUAUCUGUCUUUUACUACGAACAAUUCUGUUGAAUAGAGAACAUGUACAAUUUACGCAGCCUUCUUUGAAUAGUAACGCAAGCCGUGUAAACACAAUGGCCAACUCACGAGGAAUUAGUGAAGCUUUUGUAACGUAUUUGCGUCGCACAAUCCACCGUCGGUCCUUGCACGACGACUUACCUUAAACUAUCCUGUAAGGUUAAAUUUACAUCUCGAAACUGCAGAAAUUCAUUAGCCUGAUAAAAGAAAGGUUUAAUCUACUCGAUCUCUAUUGAAAACUCGAAGAACCUGUUGCACUUUAUUAGAAAGACGGUAACUAUUAUAUGGAUAGUAAUAACAAUCGUUGAUAUAUACGUGAUUUAAUAAAAAACAUCCGAACUUCGAAAUGAGAAACAUAUUUUUUCAAAUUUAUGGUAAAAUAGUGUCCAUUAACUGUUCUUCAAUGUAAACUUUAUACAAUCUGAGUGAACAUUCAAAUUUCAAUGUUUCGCAACAGCUCACAAAAGUAUUAAGAUAAAAAAGUUAUUUGUUGCUCCAUAUUUCCUUACAGUUCAUUCCGAAGAAAGUAAAAUCAAUAUACUUUCAUAUUAAUUAUAUUGUCUCACAUCAUUUUCGAAUUAACAUGUUCCAAUUUAAGCGUUAGUUUCACUUUUCUUGAUUUAACAUUAUGAAAUCAUCGUUCGUGUUACAAUCCUCAUUGUGUUAAGAAAUAAAAAAUACAGGGGACCAUACUUGGGGAAAGUUAUUAUAAAUUAACACUAGAACUACCGAUAAUUUAUUGGGUUUGAUAUGUAAUCCUUAUAAAGAUGCUAACAAUACAUUCUUUUCGAUUUCUUCAGAUAUUCGUCACAAAAUGUAAAUGAAACUAUUUAUUUUCAAAAUCAUUUCGGAUAUUGAAUACCUUUGAAAUAUCAACAAUUACAAAGAAAACUAAAAUCCGUCAUUUUGGCCGGUAUCGUAGUUCUAGUAAUACUAGACAGUAAAAGUAACGACCGUCACUCGAUUAUUUCGGGCUUUCAAAUGCAGUAUUAAAGAACGUGAUUCUUACGUAACAAGUUGGACAUAAUUGUUCUAAAUAUACCAGCUACCCGAUUGAUAAGUGUGACGUUUGUCAAAUAUUUACCUACGAUGUAGACCUAUCAUUCAGCACAUGCGUUGCUGUUAAGAUGUAUUUGAUUAUUCAUUUGAUGAGCAGUGAUUUGCUCUUUUUAUCAAGAUGAUAGGAGCUCAUGUUUCACGCAUUGUUGACCGGUUACAAGUUAACUCGUAUUUCACGCCCAAACGUUGUUGACCGAUCACGAGUUAACUCGUGUGUGCACUUGCAUUAGCCAUUUCAAUUUUUGAAACGCAGGGCAAUAUAGAAUACUGCAAUGACGAAAUAUUCAAAGUUAUCUAAAAGAUAUGUCCAAAAAUUCAUUCCAAUUCAUUAUGUAUAAAUAAAGUAUAUUAAAAUUUAUUUAGAUUGUCUUCUAUUCUAAUUUAAUUACGGAAUGGUAAUCGAUAAUAAUGAGAUAGUUUUUGUAUAAAAUUUCCGGUCAACAAUAUGUUAAAUUGUUAUAAGUUAACACGCUCGCGACCACGAUCAAAUUUGAAAUAUCCUUACUGUGGACCGUGGGUUCUUUGUAAUCGUUUCACAUGAUGUCAAUCAUAUAAUUUUGACACAUUUAAAACAUAAUAAAUAAACCUAACACAGCAUUUUACACGUAUGACGCAUGGUCGCGAACGUGUUAAAAUGAAAUUAACCAUUAUAAAAUAAAUGAACAGCUAUAAAAUAAUAUAAGUACCGCAGUACUUUCUUUUUCUUUUAAUUACGAUUAGUAUAAGUAACCAAAUAUUUUCUAAUAACAGCGUACAUGCAGGAAACACAAGUGAUAUAAUCUAGAGCAGCAGAGUUUGAAAAUGUGACAUAUUUCAAUCUCGUGUUACAGGUUCUGAUAUUUUUUAUAAAAUCACGUAUACCUACUUAUAGCUACGUACAAAGUAUGACCAUAAUUAUAUACAGUUUGUUAAUACUUUUAGACAAAUUACACUAAACUUAUCGUUAGUCAUUGAGACACCAUAGCUCUUUGUAUACUUUCUAUAAAAUCUAAAUUUUCUUUUUCUAUUGUAGUGUUGGAAUUACACUAUGGAAUGGAUAAUGAGAUCAUUUUCCUAUUAGAACAAAAUUCCAUUCUGAACAAAAAUAUUUAAAAUAUUACUUGUUGAAAAUGUCUUAGAAAACUACUAGAAACAAGUAAUAUAAAAUCUAACAAUUAAAUUAAAUUAAGUUAAAUUAAAUUAAAUUAAAGAGAUUCAAUUGAAGGACCAAUUUACUUUACAUUUUUCAUCAGACAUUUACAAUACAUAAUUUCAUAAUAUUAUUUAUCGUAUUUAAUAUAUGUACUGUUUGAUCUAAUUUCAUAAUAUGAUAUUCCAUAAUUUUAUUAUAUACAAUUGUAUAGAUCGAAUAAAUGUUUAGUUUCUAAUCAAACAAUCAUUAAUAUUUAUACAUACAAUAUAGUAAUUGUAAAUUCAAUGUUGACGUAGGAAUUUCUUUUUUAUUCCUUAAUUACGUUCGAUAUAGAUUUAUUUUCCUGAUUUAUCCAAUUCUGUCGAAUAUGUAUAAACUAUAAUAUAUGAUUCUCAUAAUAUACUGUGUUAAGUACACAUCAAAUUUCUUAUACGUCUAAUCCAUUUUACAAAUAUACUGCUACAAACAAUAUCUUCAACACGUUUCGUGUUAUCUGAACAUACAUUACAUGUCAAAGUAAAGUUGUUUGAUUAUACGUAAGACGGGCUAAUUUGGGCAACAUUAAUAUCAUUUACAAUUAAAAGACGACGAGAAGGACAAAAUUAUUCUCGCUUGAUUAAUAAAUUCCAAAAAUUUACAUUAAUUAUUAAAUGGUUAUAAUUUUCAUUAAGGACUCUAUCCAACUACAAAAAAGAUGAACAAUUUAUUAGACCUUUAUUAAAAUUUGUAAUUUUUUUUGUUCAAUAUAUUUAUCUAUGUUAUAAUUAUAUGAAAUUCAUAAAAUUGAUAUGCAAAUAUAAAUGAUUAUACAUUAAUUUACACAAAUUGAAAAUAAAUAGUAAACUUAUUGUUUUGUUAAGAGUCGUGUUUGUGUUGAACUGAAAUAAACAAAUUCUUUGAACUAUGUCAAGUGUAUUAAUCUUCAAAUUGUUAACCGAAUUAGCUAAAAAUAUUCAGAAUGUAGAACAGACAAUGAUAUGUCUAACAUUGAUAAAUGAACUUUUUUGCAUUUGUACAUAAUACGUUUAUAAAAUAUUAUUCGAUUUUAUCGCAUGUUGGUUUGACAUGUAACUUAGAAUCAAGUAAAUCAGAUGUAAAAUUCAUAUCGCAAUAAUAAUGGUAGAAUGUUAUAACUUCACUUUUGAAGAAUUCAGAUGAUUGUGGGAAUAUUCACUGAAAAAAUUCAGCAUUUGUCAAAAGAAUGAUGUCAAACUUGAUUAGAAACUACUGCGUAAAAAGAAAUAAUUUUCUUUGUGUUUAGUCUACCACAAGAGUCAUUAUAGUCGGAGUUAUUUUCUUGCCGCUUCGAAGAACUUGUUUUCUCAAUCGGGUCAACAUUAUCGACUUCUUCUUCACCACGGUUAAAGACUUUCUUUCAUCGAAAAUUACUGAUUCUUAUAUUGUUGAAGCUGAUGCAUGAUCUAUGAGUUUGUAAAUUCUCGUUACGAAACCAGUUCCUUUGUUAUUCUGCUCUCUAUUAAUGUAAUUUUAUAUUUAUAAAUAGUUUUUACACAUGAAAUUGUUGAUUAUGAACUGAUUUACUGUUAAACCCAAUGACGUUUUAUAUACGAACUUACUACUUUAUUUAGAUAUUAACCCUUUGCACUCAAGAAUAUUUUUUCAAUAAAUAUUCGUUAUUUUUUUAUGAAAUAUUAAUGACAUUUUUUGUUAUUAACAUACAGAAAUGUCUCGCAUAAUGUAUGUACCAAAAACAUACAAAGUCUACAAUAUUGUAAAAGCGAAGCUAUUUAUAUAAAUUUUCAAAAGUACUUACAUCAAACUUAGAAGCUAUUUUCUCGAUUUUGAGUUUUAUAACUUCCAAAGAAUAUUAUUUAAAAACUAAUAUAACUAAUAAUACACUAAUAAACUGAGGAAGCUAAUAAUCUCUGGCACAAUUCUUUCAAUAUUUCACAGAUUUUUUAAUGCAUUCAAUACAAGGGUGUAAAAUAAUUCGAAAUUAUUUGGACAAGGGUUAAUAUACUGUUUCUGAGUCUAAAUAUAUUAAAAAUACAAUAAAUGUACACACAUAGACACAUUUCUAGAAAGAAAUUUAACACCUUCGUGACUAGCGUCACAUAUCUGUGACACUUAACAUUUCUAUCUAGCACGAAAGGAAUUAAGUUACUUUCACGUGCGUUUUUAUUUACACCGUAACUCAUAGUGCAACCUGCAAAAUGUUGACAAGAUCUUGAUUUUGAAUUUUAUUUUCAUUUUACAAAAACGAUACGUGGCAUUUAAUAAAAUAUUGUGACUGCGAAGAUUGCUACUUAAACAAAGGCUGGCCGUGAACGUGUUAAAAUUUAGGUAACACGAAACAUGUUACUCGGAUGUUGUCAGCAGCUUUCCCACUUGGAAGGAGAACUUUUACUUCAUAUUCCAUGCAGUGCCGCUUAAUACGAGCGGUGUGCAUAUACGAUACGAAUGUACUUAACAAGUAGGUACACGAAUCCUCUUAAAGCACUCUUAACGUUCUCGUUCGAAGAGAAUCGUGGAGGCGCAGAAAAAUUCUUUGGCCUAACGCGAGAAAUCUCUACUGCUAGAGUUUUCUUCCGGUGAGCGAAUUCCCGUACAAAGGAAGAGAUAAUACGCCUCUGAUUCAGCAUGUGUUCCCAAAGCUACUAUAUGGAUUAACAUGUGUUCAAUACAGUGACGUAGGAACUCUAUUCGCGAGCAGCACAUCCAUUUUUCAAUUGAAUUCUUGUACACUUAAACUGCAUUCAUUCUAUUGAAACAAAGCUUUACAGUACACGUAUGCACGAGUCGCAAUUGCAAACGUGUCUGUGAAAUGAAUACAUUAUUGCUCGAUUGGGAAGAUCAAUUUUACUCUAGAAUUAAGGUACACUAACGAAUGAUUGGAAGAGAUAUAAAAUGUUAUUCGUGUAUUGUUAGUGGAACAAAUGUAGUGAAUUUGGAAUGUUACGGAAUAACAUAUUUAUUAAUUAUAGCUUGAUAGGCAACAGAUCAUAUUUUAGUACAGAAGAAUAUUUAUUUUUCAGCUACGUGCAAUUAAUGUAGUUAUUGUUUAAUAAGUUACUUCAAUGGCUGACAAAGGAAGACUACAUUUGUUUCACAAGCAAUAUAUGUAAGUACGUUUGUUGUACACACAGUCAGUCAUAGAACUGUAGAUAGGUAUACUGUAUACUGCUGAAAAUUGAUUUAUUAACAAGUAAAAGACAGGCAUUAUUAUCAGUCAUGUAUUUAGAAAUAUUUUAAGUGAACCCUAAUAUUUGUUAAACUUUAUUCCAGGAAAAUAUUUUGGUAUUCGAUUAAUUAUUGUAUUAGUAUUUUUCUGGCCUUUAUAAUAAUCCAAGUUAUUGUUUGAAAGUGAUAUUUCUUGAAGUGCUAAGUUAUUGUUUAUUGGUUAAUGUUGUGUGAAUACAUCGUUAUAUUAGUAUCGUUAUCUUGCUGUUUUAAUUUUCAAAAUAAAAUAUAAUAUCUCGAAAAAUAUUGAGUUUUCAAUGAUUGUUUCUUAAAUCUUUUUUACGUAAAAUAACGUAAAGAAACUAUUUAUGUAAAUAAAAAAUAUAGAAUUUCAUUUUUAAAAAUGUGCAAUUGCACUUUGAAACUGUAUCAAUGCAGUUAUAAUGAAAAAAGUACUUUAGUAUAGUAAAGCUUGCCAAAUAGUGCAAAGUCUUCUUUUACGAUUUUUUCUAACUUCAUCAAGAACGAAAUUGAAGCCUGUCCCAGUUACUAGAUACACCCUGUAGGUACUUAUAUGGUUGAAUGACUGACUGUACUCCAUUUCAUAUUAAAAUGUUUAAAUAUUCGGGUUACUCCGUAUAUACAACUGUAUAAGGUGUCUCAGAAUAUCGUAACUAUUAGUUAGUUAGUAUUAAUUCGUUUAGCGGAACAUUUGAAAAAUAUAUUAUUCAAAAAAUGUUUAUGAUUUAUAUUUAAUGCGAAUAUUUUCUAACAAUACUGGCAAGAAACAGAAUAAUUUCUUCAUCUUUCUAAAAAGAAUUAUCUGAAAAGAAUUUUAAAUAUUUUAUUCGGUGAAUUGCAAUGAAACUAUUAUUGAAUGAAAGCCAAAAUAAUUAUUGCAGAGAUAGAAAGCAGCAAAAGUUACAGUGAACUUUCAUGACCUGUUCCUACGUUACCAAGAAAUCUAUGAGAAAAUAGAACCACAAAUCUUUAUAAUAGUAUGAGAAUUAACGAUUAUAAUUAGAUUGCGGAUUUCUGUGCAUUGAAAGCAAAUGCCCAGUAAAAUACAGAUAUAAAUGAAGCUGAGCAAGAAUUUAAGCUUCAUUUUUAUCGAAACGAUUAUUGAGACAAUAAGAUAGAAGUCGUUAUUAGUUCCUUUAUAGAAACCUAAAUUCACCGAAAUGUGUUUAGGUAAAUAUAUAGCUUCAUUGGCCAAUUUACAACAAUUCGUAUUAAAGAUAACUUAUUUAAUUCCUUAAUAGUUGAAUCGGACCCAAAAUUAAAUGAAUAUUUCAUUACAUUUUUUAGGAAAUUAUAUUGUAUUGCUUUUUGCACGUGGAUAUUGGUUAUAAAGGCAUAAAUAUCCGCAGUCUACUUAUAAACUUUCGAUUGAUUAGCGACAGAUAUAAGAAGACAGUGUAUGCGUGUAUGUGCGUGCAUGUGUGCCAAAAUGAAGAAUAAAAUUGUGGUUGUACCAAAAUAAAAUGUACAGAGUAUCAUUUUCUUCUUCGACAAUCAAAGUAUGAUGUGACUUGAAGUGCAUAGAUAUAUGUUUUUUGCGCAAUGAAAAGAGGUGAACGUAGAUACCUACUACAUAUGUAUUCGCUUAGAAUGCGUUGUGAGUGAUAAGUUACAGAAGAGAUGAAUUUAAUGAAAAGAACGAUAAGGUUAGGAACAAUUAUAAUAUUAUAAUAUUCUUAAUUGCAACGUGAUUCAUUUUCACACUGCUUCUCAUCUCCCUAACGUCUUCCUUUCUAAAUAGAGAGUUUUCAAAACGAUUUUAUGUAAAAAGCAAAUAAUUUCAUUAUUGUUUGUUAGCAAAUAUUGAGAAUAUAUCUAGAGCCUCUUUAUUUGUGUAAAUUCUUUUAUGUCGCGAUAGAAUGCGUUUCUCUGUUAAGACGGUUGAGAUACAAUUAACAUACUUAGGAAGUAAUUAAGCAUCGUCAAAUUAUGAAGAUUAUGAUAACCUCGCAAUUAUUUUUUUUGUUAGAGUUAAAUGAAACGUGGAACGAUAAUUAUUGUACAUUUGCGCAACACAUUACACAUUCUCUAAUGAAACCUAUCAAUCGGAAAAUGGGUUCAAAGACUUAGUGAUGAUUAAAUGAAUUCAUGAAUAAAUUCGUACAUAACACAUACAUAUGUGUAUUACAUAUUGACCAUUGUUUUUAAAGGGGCAUAUACACUCAAGAGUUAAUAAAAAACAAUCCAAUCGCAAAUCUUAAAAUAUACAAACACUGUUCUUGAUAAAUGCAUAUUAUAUUUCAAGAAAUUGCUAUCCACUUCGGAGAAGUUAAAGAUUACUUUUUCUGGGAAAGGAAUAGAAAUUCGAUAAAAUAUUCGCUAUGUCAACAAAUUCAUAGUAUUAAGUUAAAUUGCUAUGUAAAGCUCGAAGUAGGCAACUAGAGUAAUUUCUAAUACAUAAAUAUUAAACUUCUCCCAAGUGGAUAGCAAUUUCUUGAAAUAGAAUAUGUGUUUAUUAAGAACAGUGUUUGUAUAUUUUAAAAAAUGUUUGUAAUAGAAAAAAUACGUGUCCACAGACGACUCAAAAUAUCACGAGUUAAAAUAUUAGAUAUAACGAUAGGAAAUGAAUAUGGGCGUCAACUUCUUAUUUGAAUUUCACUUUGUCAUGUUCUGUUUCAUUUGCGAUCUUCGUUUACGCGAAUCAGCCAAUAACAAAAGCGGUCGAAAUCGAGGUAUCAACGUUCGUCGCGAGUGGACGUGUCCCCUUACCACAUUUGCCCCUUCAGAACGUAGGACAUGUGAAGAAACGUCGUUUGUGGAAAUGUAUUAUAAAGUUAAAGGAAAAAUAAAUAUAUUGUUACGUAUAGUUUGAAAACAAAACUUUAGAGUAGGUAAGGUUUUAUGUUCUUCUGAGUGUGUACACCCCUAUGGAUAUGUAACACGACUAUUUGAUUAAAGAAAAUUUUUAUUGAUUAAGGAACUCAACCCCAAGUGUAAUGAAGUACUUAAUGUAAGGCGUGAAUACAGGAUUUUACCACCAAGAAUCAUAAUAAUUAUUUGAAAUAUGAAAUAUGUAUCGUACAAUGUUGCCAGAUGUUAAUGAAUGAGAUAUUAAGAUUUAUGUUUAUAUAUUGUAAUAACAUUUAUGUAUAAUGGGUACUAUAAUGCAAAAAAUA